CGCAACGCCGUCAUGACUACUACACCCAUCAAAAUCGUCACUCCUUUCAGAAUCGCCAUCAUCGGCUCCGGAAACUGGGGAACUGCCGUCGCCAAACUCGUGGCCGAAAACACCAGAGACAAGCCCGAAAUCUUCCAAAAAUCCGUAAAUAUGUGGGUAUUUGAAGAGGACAUAAACGGAGAGAAAUUGACUGAUAUAAUUAACACCAAGCACGAAAACGUCAAGUACUUGCCCGGUAUUCAAUUGCCCGAAAACUUGAUCGCCAACCCCGACGUGGUAGACACCGUCAAAAAUGCCGACUUGUUGGUGUUCAACAUUCCUCAUCAAUUCUUACCCAGAGUUUGUAAACAACUUGUGGGACAAGUGAAACCUUCUGUCAGAGCCAUUUCAUGCUUGAAAGGGUUGGAAGUGACCCAGGAAGGAUGUAAACUUUUGUCACAAUCCAUCACCGAUACGUUGGGAAUCCACUGUGGUGUAUUAUCAGGAGCCAACAUCGCCAACGAGGUAGCCAAAGAAAAGUGGUCGGAAACCUCCAUCGCGUACGAUUUGCCCAAGGACUUCAAAGGUGACGGGCUCGAUAUCAACGAGUACGUGUUGAGAGAAGCGUUUCAUCGAAGUUAUUUCCAUGUCAACGUCAUCAAGGACGUGGUGGGAGCCUCCAUUGCUGGAGCUCUCAAGAAUGUGGUUGCCAUUGCUGCGGGAUUGGUGGAAGGUGCCGGGUGGGGGGAUAAUGCUAAGGCAGCUGUCAUGAGAAUCGGAAUCAAAGAAACCAUCAAGUUUGCGUCUUACUACGAAAAGUUCGGCAUUAAGACCUCAUUACCUCCACAAGCAACCACCUUCACCGAGGAAUCUGCGGGAGUCGCCGACUUGAUCACCACCUGUUCCGGUGGGAGAAAUGUUCGUGUGGCCCGGUAUAUGGUGGAACAUGGAGUAAGUGCCUGGGAGGCUGAAAAGACCUUAUUAAAUGGACAAUCGUCACAGGGGAUCUUGACCGCCAAAGAGGUGCACGAGCUCUUGGAAAACUACAAGUUGCAAGAUGAGUUCCCAUUGUUCGAGGCCACCUACAAGGUGAUCUAUGAGAACUUGGAUGUUAAUGAAUUACCAACCUUAUUGGAAGCUUAGGAUAGAAUAAUAGAAUAUUGGUA